GUGGUUCUCACACCAAACUACGGUGGCGGCCAGGACAACACCGUUCUGAUUAGUUCUUCUCUAUGGUCUAAUAAAGUGCAAUGAAAUUUCCAAGAAAACAACCCCAUAAGGCCAUAACAUAACAUCAUUCACACCAAAACUUUCCAACACAACUCAAUAGUACUCUUGAAUUUUGCAGAUACCAUUAGUCCUUGCCUGACAGCUAUCUUUCACGUGGAAACUUUCUUGCUUUCACACUUCCAUACAUACAUACUUGCUUUCUUUCUUCUCUUUCCAAGUCUUUCUUCUCUGUUCCAAAUUGAAAACUUCAACUUGUAGCUGCAUCUGGUUACACUGAAGAAAAAAGGAGACAAGACGUUUUUUUUUUUUUUCUUUCUUUCUUUAGCUUAGCUCUGGGUUCAUGGGUUGCUUCUUUAGUGUACCUUCAAAGAUCAAAGCUGAGAGCCCUCCACGUAAUGUGUCUCAACCGUGAACUUGGAUCCCCUGCACAUUUAAAGGAACUAAGGAUUCGAAAAUUGUUAAAUUCAGUUCAAAAGGAUAAGCUUAUCAUGCAAUAAAAUAAAGUUAACGGAUGUGAUUUAUAAAGUUCACAAGAGAACUCGACGAUCGUGAUCUCUCCAACCAUUGCUUUUAAAAGUUAAAAGUAGACAAGAAAGAGUUUGAAUUCAAAGGAUGGUAGCAAAGAAGAGAAUGAUUUGAGUUGUUUAAGCAGCAAGGUGUCCUCUUCAGCUAUGCUUCUAACUCCUCAAAGUGAGGAUGAGAUAUUGCAGGCCAGCAAUUUGAAGAACUUCACAUUCAAUGAGCUAAGAACUGCUACAAGGAACUUUCGUCCGGAUAGUAUGGUGGGCGAAGGUGGGUUUGGUUGUGUGUUUAAGGGGUGGAUCGAUGAGCAUACACUUGCCCCUACUAAACCAGGGACAGGAAUGGUCAUUGCUGUGAAGAGGCUUAACCAAGAAAGCAACCAGGGGCACAUUGAAUGGUUGACAGAAAUCAACUACCUGGGGCAGCUCAGUCAUCCUAAUCUUGUGAAACUAAUUGGUUACUCCUUAGAAGAUGAUCACCGGAUUUUGGUGUAUGAAUUUGUGGCCAAGGGUAGUUUGGAUAAUCACUUGUUCAGGAGGGGUUCUUACUUUCAACCACUCUCUUGGAACAUCCGUAUGAAGGUUGCUCUUGAUGCUGCUAAGGGUCUUGCAUUUCUUCACAGUGAUGAAGUAGAUGUAAUAUAUAGGGACUUCAAAACUUCCAAUAUCUUACUUGAUUCUAAUUAUAAUGCAAAACUCUCUGAUUUUGGGUUGGCAAAAAAUGGACCCGAAGGUGAUAAGAGCCAUGUCUCUACAAGGGUAAUGGGCACCUAUGGCUAUGCAGCUCCUGAGUAUAUAGCCACAGGUCACCUAACCAAAAAGAGUGACAUAUACAGUUUUGGAGUUGUUCUUCUGGAACUCAUGUCAGGGAAACGUGCACUGGAUGACAACAGGCCAAGCGGGGAGCACAGUUUAGUUGAAUGGGCCAAACCACUCCUCACCAACAAACACAAGAUCUCCCAAGUUAUGGAUGCUCGCAUAGAAGGCCAAUACUCAAAGCGCGAAGCAAAGAGAAUAGCUCACCUUGCAAUUCAAUGCCUAUCUACAGAACAGAAACUUAGACCAAACAUAAAUGAGGUGGUGAGAUUAUUGGAACAUCUUCACGAUUCCAAAGACACAAGCUCAAGCAGCAAUGCUACUCCUAAUCCAAGCUUAUCUCCUUCUCCUCUUCGUUCAUAGGAGAGGAAAUACAUGAGACCUAUUACACAUAUUUUGCAUUAUUUUGAAGUAAUAUAGAGAUGCCACUUUGUAUGCCAUGAAAUGAAAGCAUGCCUGGUUGUUGUACAGAUUUUGGUUCCUUAAUAGUUAAUACUAGUAAAGAAAAUUUAUUUCUUCCAUUCUCA